CACAAGUUUAGAAUCUAGUUUGAGCAGAAGGAGAGAAGAAGAGUUUACCCAGCACACAGAUUUAGAAUGUAGUUAGAGCAGAAGGAGAGAAGAAGAGGCUACCCAGGGCACAGAUUUAGAAUGUAGUUAGAGCAGAAGGAGAGAAGAAGAGUUUACCCAGGACACAAAUUUAGAAUGUAGUUAGAGCAGAGGGAGAGAAGAAGAGGUUACCCAGCGCACAGAUUUAGAAUGUAGUUACACCAGAGGGAGAGAAGAAGCGGCUACUAAACACAAAUUUAGAAUGUAGUUACACCAGAGGGAGAGAAGAAGUGGUUACUCAACACAUAGAUUUAGAAUGUAGUUGGACCAGAGGGAGAGAAGAGAUCAAGAGACGGUAGGAGAAGCGACCGUCGGCCGGUCAGGGCGACGAACGGAUGGCUGCCAGCUCGUUCUCGGCGCCGGCGCAGGCGGUGAAGGGCGUGGCGAAAAUGUUGGCUCACCGCUGCCAGGCCGUGGUUGGGUUCCUGUUUGCUCUCAUCGUCAUCCUCGUGCUCCACACCACCGUGGUGUUUGGCCCGUCCUGGUCCACGAAUGACAUUGUACAUGACAUAGAUAACGGGAAGAAGGACGACGCAGCCAAGAACGAUGAGGAAAGAAGGGACCAGUUAGGCCAAACAGUAAAAAAUGAUGCUAAUGACAAGAUGCAGGAAGAUCUCAUUGGGCAAGAACUCGACGGAGACGUCAAACACGGUGCUCCGGGGAAGCCCAUCUGCGACCUCUCUGACCCUAGGUACGACAUCUGCGACAUCACCGGAGACGCCCGUGCCAUCAGCGCCAACCGUACCGUCCUCUAUGUCCCGCUUGUGGAGCAGCGCGGCACCGACGGCCCGGAAUGGGCCAUCAAGGACCAGUCCCGCAAGAAUCUGGGGGACAUCAUCGAGGUGAAUGUCAACACCCUAAGCGCCGCGCAGUCCCUGGUGGCGCCGGAGUGCACCUCAAGGCACGCAGUCCCGGCCGCCGUGUUUGCCAUGAACGUCAUCAUCGGCAACCCAUGGCAUGACUUGAGCAACGUCCUGAUCCCGCUCUUCAUCACCACCCGCGCCUACGACGGUGAGGUCCAGUUCCUUGUCACCGAGCUCCAGCCGUGGUUCGUGGACAAGUAUCGUCUCAUCCUCACCAACCUGCACUAGUAGAAAACCACCCAUUAGUCCCGGUUCGUAAGGGCCUUUAGUCCCAGUUCAUGAACCGGGACUAAUGGGUCGUUACUAAUACCUCCA